UUAACUUUCCACAAAAUACUUUUGCCUGUUUAAAAGUGAUUAUAAUUAUUUCACCUGUUUUGAAAAGAAAUGGUGUGCUUUUAAUUCACAAUGAUGUGCGUAAAAGUUGAUGUUGCGGCUUGCACCCUGCUCCAGUACCGCCGUUUUCAUAGACAGCUCUAAUAAAGCACCUGUGACAAGAAUUUUGCAGUUCUUGGAUUGAACCCUAAGCGUCGCUGUUGGUUGAUAAGGUAGAUCUGUCUGUUUUUAUGCAUAAUACACGCCUUCCGUGCCACUUUCGUAUGAAAGGGCUGUGCAUUUAGUACAAAGCCGUGCGCACCGCAAAAACUGGACGAUGCUUUUGACAGACCGUGUUCUUGCUCUGGUUCAUUUUUAAUAUUCACUUUAAUAUAGUUUUUUUUUUAUCUUUUCUGCGCUGUCGAGUGGAUAUUUUAUAUAUUUUUGUUGAGAGAUUAAUCGAAGCGCCAUCAUCAACAUGAGAAAGAAGGAUUGUCAUUCUGCAUGGCCGCCGUGUGCUCUUCUUUUCUUUGUACACUUUCUCUGUGGCGCGUACGGACAGGUCCGUUACUCCGUACCAGAGGAGAUGACACCUGGUUCUUUCGUCGGAGACAUAGUUAAAGGCUUAGGUCUUGAGCUUAAAAGGCUGACAACGGGGAAAGCGCGGAUCUUUACAGCAGGUGGCCGCGAAUAUGUUGCGCUGGACCGGGAGAAAGGGCACAUCAUUAUUAAGGAGAGAAUCGACAGAGAGCUUUUGUGCGCUGGUACUGUAUCCGCGUGCAGUCUGAGCUUUGAAGUCAUCUUAGAAAAUCCCAUCGAGCUCUAUCGCAUCACCAUAGAAAUACUGGAUGUUAAUGACAACAGUCCUGCGUUUCCAAGAGGUGAAAUUACAUUAGAAAUCAGUGAGUUGGCUUCAACCGGAGCGCGUUUUACUGUGGAUAUCGCAGUUGAUCCUGAUGUCGGCAUUAACAGUAUUCAGAGUUAUUCAGUUAAUCCUACUGAUCAUUUUACUGUAAAGACACAAAGUCGAUCAGGCAGCAGUAAAAACGUAGAGCUUGUUUUGCAAACGCCUUUAGACAGAGAGAAACAAGAACAUUUAUAUUUAACUAUAACUGCUACAGAUGGAGGCAACCCCAAGCGAUCUGGCACGGUGAAAAUACACAUUAUUGUUUUGGAUAUAAAUGACAAUGCUCCGGUUUUCCAAAAGGUCACAUACAAAAUAUCUAUCCCAGAAAACACCGCAAAGGGAUCGUUGCUGGUUACUGUUAAUGCAACCGAUGCGGAUACUGUCUCAAAUGCACAAAUUGGAUAUUAUUUCGAGCACACCACACCCAAAAUCCGCGACCUGUUUUCUGUCGAUCCAUCCAGCGGUGAAAUAAGAUUGAUUGGUGAACUUGAUUUUGAGGAGUCUGCUAUUCAUGAGUUUAAAAUUCAAGCUAAAGAUCAGGGAGGGUUAUCAGAUUCGUCUGAGGUAAUUGUGGAAGUUACAGACGUAAAUGAUAACGCACCAAAAAUGACGCUUAUGUCUUUUUCUAACAAUAUACCUGAAAAUGCACCUCUUGGAACCGUUGUGGCCAUGAUAAAUAUACAAGACAGCGAUUCUGAAGAAAAUGGAAAGAUUACCUGUUUUAUUGAUAGGGACCUUCCGUUUAAAAUCGAAUCAUCUUUGACUAAUUAUUUCAUUAUCGUCACGGACUCCGAGCUAGACAGAGAAGACAUACCUGAGUAUAAUAUUACCAUCACAGCCAAAGAUAGUGGCAGUCCUUCAUUUUUUAGCAAAAACAUUUUGAACGUAAAGAUCACUGAUGUAAAUGAUCACGCUCCGCAGUUUGAGCAGGAUUCAUAUAAUGCGUAUGUGAUGGAGAAUAAUUCGCCAUCUCUGUCUUUGUUCAGUGUUAAAGCGCACGACGCAGAUUUGGGGGCGAACGCACGCGUGUCGUACUUCAUUUCAGAUAAUGAUUUGAACGGCACACCAAUUUCGUCAUUAGUUUCUAUCAAUUCUGACAGUGGGACUGUUUAUGCAACAAAAUCGUUUGAUUAUGAACAAUUCAAAUCUUUUACAAUCACAGUGAGAGCGCAGGACGCAGGCUCUCCUCCUCUCAGCAGCAACGUGAGCGUGAAAAUAACGAUUCAGGACCAGAAUGACAACGCGCCUCAGGUUCUGUAUCCGGUCCAGUCAGGCGCUUCUGUGGUGGCUGAAAUAGUGCCUCGUUCUGCAGAUGUGGGUUAUCUGGUGACUAAAGUGGUGGCUGUUGAUGUGGACUCUGGACAGAAUGCCUGGCUCUCAUAUAAACUGCAGAAAGCCACAGACAGGGCGCUGUUUGAAGUGGGCUUACAGAAUGGAGAAAUAAGAACUGUGCGCCAAGUGACAGAUAAAGAUGCUGUGAAACAAAGACUCACUGUUGUAGUGGAGGACAACGGGCAGCCCUCUCGAUCAGCUACAGUCAAUGUUAACGUGGCGGUGGCGGACAGCUUCCCUGAAGUGCUCUCGGAGUUCACUGAC